AUGCAAGGUAUGUUAUUAUUAUUAUUUUACCAUUAAAUUGAACUGAUUUUUUAUGAUAUUGUCUACACAACCUAUUCUGAUAAUAUUUAUAUUGUUUUUUGUUUUUAGCUGUACCUGGAGAAUCUUCUCUCGUGGCAAAGCUGCGUGAAGAAAACAAGGCGUUGAGGAAGGAGAACAGGGAGCUGAGGAAGCGGAUUCGAACGGUCGAGGAGCAGCGUAGGAUCAAUUUGCUGGUACACGACAAGUUGUUGGUAUGUUUAAUCUGUUUUUUUUAAGUUUUCUGUUGUUUAGUUCACUGGUACGGAUAAUUCAUUAGUUUUUGAUAUGAAAGUGUCACAAAUUUACGUUCUUACAAGGAAAGUACCUGCCCCGCUGUGAUUGAGUUUUAAUUUUUUGAUAGAAAGAUCAUGUAAAUAUAAAACAUUCAGCAAAGUAGUGGAUUGUGUUUUCCAGCAAAUCUUGAGAAAAUCGAAAUCAAAAAAUUACGUUUUGAAUUUCUUGCCAAUUUGGCAUUGUGUUUCAAGCUUGUAACUUUGCAAUUUUUUUUUACUUUUAGCAAAUUUUCUUUGAUAUACUAGUAGUAUACCUUUAAAUGAACCUAAGUUUGUAAGUGUAGCUUGGCUGGAAAAUCGAAAAAAGUGCUUGAAACACAAUGGCAAAUUGGCGGGAAACCAAAAUAUUUCAAAUAUAAAACUCAAAAGCGCGAGCUAAAGUUUUUUAUGGGUACUAUUGGUAGUACAAGGAAUUCAUAUUAAAAUUUUGAGCUGAUUCAGAACGGAGAAGGUAGGGUAUUUUUAAUUUUUUUGGUUAAUUUACAAGGAAAGUGCCAGACCCCGCUCUGAUUGACUUCAAACUUUUUAUAUAGAAAGAGCAUGUAAAUAUAGGAUCUUCAGCAAAGUACUAAAUCGCGCUUUCCAGGAAAUCACGAGAAAAUCGAGAUUAAAAAAUGACAUUUUGAAUUACCCACCAACUUGGCAUUGUGUUUCAAGCUUAUAAAUUUGUCAUUUUUUGACUAUUAAUCUUUUAUCUUUGAUAUACUAGUAGAAUACCUUUAAAUGAACCUAAAUUUUUAAAUUUACUAAAACCAAAUUGGCGAAACCGGGGGCGUCGCUACGGUUUUUUUCUGGGGGAGGGGGGGGAAGGGAGUUAGUCACCCCGAACCACCCCCCCCCCUCCCCCCCCCCAAACGACGUCCCUGCGGGAAACCCAAAUAAUUAAAAUUUAAAACUCAAGAGCGCGAGCUAAAAUUUUUUAUGAGUACCAUUGGUGGUACAAAGAAUUCAUAUAAAAAUUUUGAACUAUUUUUGAGCGGGGCAGGUAGGGUACUUUCCUUGUUAGUUGUAUUAUAGUACUAGGUGGUAAUACAGUUUAUAAAUUAUUAUUGUUUUAAUAUGUUUUAGUGCUAAAUAGUAGUAAAUUUUAAAUUGGUACUGUUUUAUAUUUUUUGGUACUAAAAGCCCAAAAUGGUACUGUUACGUUAAAACCGUAAUUAUAUUUUUUGGUGCUAAACGUGUGAAUUGCUACAGUUUUAUAUUUUUUUGGUACUAAGUGAUACUGAGAGUAUAAAAACAGUACCAUUUUAGACUUUUAGUAUCUUUUAGCAGCAAAAAAUAUAAAAACGCAUUUGCCCUAGCGUCUUUAUUACCUAAAAAGUUAGUUUGCAUUUUUUAUCUGUAAUAAAAAGUUUUGCUAUUGAUAAAGUCAAAAUAUUUUUUCAUCUAUAAAUUACGUUAUUUUAGCUUGAGACGACCUAUAUGGUGGGUUUUUCUCAAAAAUCCGCCAACUUCUUCGAGCAAAUGGCGGACGAGUUUACCCGGCAUCAGGAAGAAUUGGACGUGCUGUUAGUUUACCAGCUUUUAUAUUUAUAUUGUUGCAUUUUUUAAAAUUAAAGUGAUGAAAAUUUAAUUUUGGCGAUUAAAAUAUUACUUUGUUUUAUCACAACGACUAUAAUCAAUUUUUGCAGGAAACACUACUAUGAAAACAAAUGUAGAAUAGCUUUUGAAAAUGUCACGCCUAACCUUCUGAUGGAGCCAGUUCACGAAAAUUUAGAGACAGUGGUCGAAGAUGAUAUCAUCAACAAGCUAUUGGAAGCAACUGAAUGUAAAGAAGAACUCGAAGAAGCCAGGUUGGAUUCGGAAAUGGUUCACACAGUUGGACAACACGAGAAGCCAGAAAAAACCAGUAAUUUAAAAGUUGCCAGCCCCUUGACUUUUUUAACAAGACAGGGUUGUACGAAACCCUCUCCGAAGCGAGUACAAAGACCUAGAGGUAUGAAUGUUUAUGUUAUCAAUUUGAAAAGAAACAAGGUCUCAUAUAGCCAAAAAAAUUUUAUUUGCAAGGGCAAAAUUAUUAACUGACUUUUUUUUAGUAGCUCCUCCACAGAAGCCAAAAAAAGCUUCUGACCGUGUCGAAUCAGGAUCACUGAAAAAGACGGUGGAUUUUGGAAUGUAG